GUCAAGAGUUUCUAACUAAUAAAAACGAAGACAUCGAAGCUUUCUUUCCCAAAUUUAUCAAAUUACCUAAUGUUGAGGAAUUGAAUGAUCUCCUUCAGACACCGCCAACCCAACCCAUUGAGGUUAGAGAACAGGUAUUAGAUAGUGACUUGGCCAAACUCAAAAAAUAUAUUAUUCGGAGCCCACGAGUCAGUAUACCAGAAUUAAGUCGCCUUUUUGAUGGGGCGAUCACUUCACCAUCACCAUCAGGUUCAGUUGCUAACAGGCAUAUCACAUGGGAUUUGUUGGUUAAAAUACCUCUCGAAGUUGUUUCUUCUCUUUUUCACAUCAAAAUUAUUUGUGAUCGUGACAAACAAGAUUUAUCUACGGCUACAAUACGUUUAAAGAGGCCAGACCUUUUUGGUUGGCUGAAAUCCGCAUUGGUAUUUAAAGGAGAAGAGAAGGAGGCCUUAGAAGACAUUGCAAAAGCAGAACAUGAGUUGUUAAAUAAGGCUAAAUUAUGGAAUCUUCUUUACUUUGGAAAUCUUCAAUACAUCUUUGCUUAUGUCGCUGCCGGAAAUUUUAUAAGAUCCUUAAACAUCAAAGUCGUUAGUCAAGAUUUUGACUUGUCGCUUGUAGUUGAUCGAAUCUUAACGGUAGUAACGUCCAUCAAUAUCACUCGGUGUUUAUUGCAUUUUAUCCCUCAACUACCCACAAAUAUGCCGUACCCUAUUUAUAGUGUCAUCAAGCGAGGAACAUGUGAGGUUCGUUUUGAUGGCAGUGUAUUUAUGAAGAUGCAAGAUAAGAUAAAAUCUUUUCAUGAAAUAGAUCACGUUUCUUGA